AUGGAUGAGAUACUUAGCGUUUGUGCCGUUGAUGACUUUUUUGGUUGUGAACGUAUUUACAUUCGAUCACUUUCUGAUUGGGGAUAUUGCUUUAGCUUUAACAUGAUUGGCUAUGACUCAAUAUUUAACGAUGGUAUAAUUGAGGACUUUGACGUCUAUAAACGAACGAAGAUUACAAAAUCAAUUGAUCCAAACGUUCCUCCUGAAUACCAUGAUGAUGUUAAUAGUCCAGUGCCUUCAUCUUGGACACCUGAGCAAGGAUAUAUAAUUAAUAAUAGUUCUACAUAUCCAUUGCCAGCAUCAAAGGGACGAGCUUUGAUGACUCAAAUAAAAAUUAGAAAUAUUGACAUGCCUAGUCGUUGUCUAUCUAGAAGCAGCUUGCUGUUCAUGUUCCUUCAUCUACCGAAUGAAUUACCAACUAUACUGCUUAAAAGUUACCACUUUAAGUUAAACACAAAUAAUCUGCUUCAAAUUUCAGCAGAACUAAAACAAAAUGACAAGACACUGAAGACCUUUGAUAUUCAGGAACGCGGGUGCUUCUUUGAUGGCGAACGAAACCUUAAAUUUUUUAAAUCCUACACAAAAGUCAAUUGCGAAAAUGAGUGCAUGAUAAACUUCACUCAACAACAAUGUGGAUGCGUUAGACUGUCAAUGCCAAGAAUAAAGGAUAUGGAUGUUUGCAAGUUUAAAGAUAUCAUGUGUUAUCAAACAAUCGUACAUACAUGGCCGAGCAUUUAUUUCAAAAGUUCAGAGCAUCAUGAAAAGUUGCCGGAUUUUCCAUGCGACUGUAUGCCUUUGUGUACUCAAAUAAAAUACACAGUUGUGGACAAAGCCACUCUCAACUCGAGACAGCUUAAUGAUGGAAAUACAUACGCAGCAGUGUCGAUUAAAUUCGAUGAAUCACAAAUUGUUAAAAGAACCAACUACGUCACUUAUAAACUACAGAACUUUGUGGCUGAUAUUGGUGGAUUGAUUGGACUGUUUCUUGGUUUCUCGCUGCUUUCAUUAUUUGACACAUUUUUGAAGAUUUGUUCAUGCUUAAAAGCAAUAUUUGAGCGGUUGGAAUUAAAAGAGAGAGUUCAGGAAGCAACAUUAGAGGAUAAUACAGAAGACAGAAAUGAAGUUCGAACAUUAAACAACUUCAAUUGGAUUGAGGAUGAGACAAAUGUCAUUCAAAAAAAGGAAGUGAUUUUUACAAUACCAGAGCGACCAAGCACGCCAUUGGUGAUCGAGGAUUUGGAGCUGUAG